UUUUUUCCAAAGGGGCGUAUUUUUCAAGCCAUCUUGACUGAAUAUUUAGCCUCAUCCAAGGAAGAUUAAAUUGAUAUCUUGAAGAUUUGGCUACCCCUAUGUUUAAUACCUACAUCAUUUGAAAGGUUGAAACCACACGGAUGAAACCGGGUCGAGUUUAUGUGUUGAACCGUUGUCACGAUGAAGAAUUGACGUGGUGAAGAUGACGCUGUCGCUCCAGAAAUGACCGGCUAGCUAAGCUAACGACUAGCAUGUCCGCCUUGGUUGUAGUCUGUCACUAGCUGACAUUUAGCUAGGAGCAGUUAUUCUGUUGGCACUACAGAGGACGAAGAAACAAGGAGGCCGGUGUGAACUCCCAUGCGGAAGACGAGGAGGCGGGAAUGUGAGACAGGUGAUAAAAGACUCAACAUGGGUAGGGGUCGAGGAAGAGGGAGAGGAAGGGGCAGGGGAUCUUCUGGCCAGCAGCGGCCCCCCUCGCCCUACAGACUGCAGCUUUCUCCCUCCAGGGAGACCUUAACAUAUGCUCAGGCACAAAAAAUAGUGGAAGUGGACCUUGAGGGAAGGCUCCAUCGGAUUAACAUCACAGAUCCUCUGCCAGUCAUCACAGAGGAUGAGAUGAUGGCCCAGGACAUUGUUGAGUGCAACAGCAACAAGGAGAACAGUGAACAAACCCAGAGUAAAAGCAAACCAUGGAGGAAACCAUCAAACAGUAAAAGCAGGAGGAGCGGUAAAAAUACGUCUCAACAGAACCAGCGGUCUGGAUCAAACCAGAACACAGGAUCUACUAAUUCAUUACAGCACCCGUCCCACCAAACCCCUUUACCUGAGCCCACCUUUCGCCUGCUGUCUUCAGAAACCCCCUCAGAGGCGCCUCCUCUCCCAUCAGCCUACUAUCGUUACAUAGAAAAGUCCCUGGAGGAACAGGACAGUGUGGCUGAGUACGACAUGGAUGAGGAGGACCUGGCCUGGCUGGAGAUGGUAAACCAAAAGAGAGUAUGUGAUGGUCAUGCCUCAGUUUCUGCGGACACUUUUGAACUCCUGAUCGACCGCCUGGAGCGAGAAUCCAUUCUGGAGUCUCGCAGCCAGGCUCUGUCACAGAGUGCGGUUGACGAGGAUGCUUUCUGCUGCGUCUGCCUGGACGACGAGUGUCUGAACAGUAACGUUAUCUUGUUUUGCGACAUCUGCAAUCUAGCAGUCCACCAAGAGUGUUAUGGUGUGCCCUACGUACCUGAAGGUCAGUGGCUGUGCCGCUGCUGCCUGCAGUCUCCUUCCCGCCCUGUAGACUGCGUGCUCUGUCCCAACAGAGGAGGUGCCUUCAAACAGACAAGUGAUGGACGGUGGGCCCAUGUUGUCUGUGCCAUAUGGAUCCCUGAGGUUUGCUUUGCCAAUACAGUUUUUCUGGAGCCUGUCGAAGGGGUCAAAAACAUCCCUCCUGCUCGCUGGAAGCUCACCUGCUACCUGUGCAAACAGAAAGGCAGGGGGGCAUCCAUCCAGUGCCACAAAGCCAACUGUUACAGGGCCUUUCACGUCACCUGCGCCCAGAAGGCAGGUCUCUUCAUGAAGAUAGACCCAGUGCGGGAGACAGGUGUCAAUGGGACCACCUUCUCUGUAAAGAAGACUGCUUUCUGUGAGCAUCAUUCUCCAGUGGGGUCACGGGGAAGGGAUGGGUCUGGAGAUGAGUCUGUUGAAGGGAGACUGGUGGGUGGCAGGGGUAACCGAGGUCAGAGGUCUUACACUCAAAGUCCCCCCUCACCGCAAAAUAAGAAGGGUACUAAGGGCCAGAAGAAGAAGAACGGGAAGGGGUCCCGUGGGUCGACACGUCGCUCAAAUGUGCCUGUGCUGCUUGUGCCUCAGAUCCCGUCUCACAGGCUGAACAAGAUCUGCACAGGAGUGGAAGUCCAGAGGAAGAAUCAGUUCAUGCAGCGGCUUCAUAACUACUGGUUACUGAAAAGACAGUCAAGAAAUGGGAUGCCUUUAAUACGGCGGCUUCAUUCCCAUCUGCAGGCCAACAAGACUGCAGAGCAGAGGGAGCCUGAUGAGAAGCUGUGUGCUGCCAGAGAGGAGCUACGAUACUGGCAGAAGUUGAGGCAAGAUCUAGAAAGAGCAAGACUUUUGGUGGAACUCAUCCGUAAGAGAGAGAGGCUAAAGAGAGAGCAGAUGAAAAUUCAGCAGGCUGCUCUUGAAUUGAAGCUGACUCCUGCUUUAGUGCUUCUGCGUUCCACUUUAGACCAACUUCAAGAGAAGGACACUGCAAAAAUCUUCUCAGAGGCUGUCAAUCUAUCAGAGGUCCCAGAUUACCUGGAGUUUAUUACUCAACCGAUGGACUUCUCCACCAUGCGCACCAAACUGGAGGGACAUGCCUACUGCUCCAUCGCUGAUCUAGAGAAAGACUUCGACCUCAUGAUAUCCAACUGCCUCAAGUACAACUCCAAGGACACAAUGUUUCAUAAGGCAGCCUUACAAAUGCGGGAGGUGGGUGGAGCUGUUCUCCGUCACAGCCACAGGCAGUCCCAAAACAUCGGUCUGGACCCAAAUACUGGGAUGCAUCUCCCCGAGACUCUGAACAAACAUGGUUUCUACCAAUGCACAUGGGACGAUGUGGAUUCUCUCUUGGAUCCAGACAACAGAUUGCACUUGAGCACAGACGAGCAGCUAAAGGCCUUACUGGACAAACUGGACGUUGUCGCUUCCAUGCGUACCAGCGGGGGUCGAACCAAACGCAUCAGGCUGCUGCGAAGAGAGAUCAACACACUCAGACAGAAGAUGAACCAGCAGCAGCAGAACUCUCAGUCUGUGAAUGGUAACGACAAGGAGGAUGAGGAAAAAGAAGAUGAGGAAGAUGAGGAGGAAGAAGAGGAGGAAGAGGAGGAGAAGAAGGAAAAGGGAAAGAAAAAGAGGAAAACAAAAACUGUUGAUAAUGGAUCUUUGAAAGCAAUGUCCAACUCUAGAACAGAUGACUCUCCCCCUGUCCUGGAACUAACCUGCCCAGUAUCAUCGCCGCUCCCUGGAGACGCUCCUCUGGAACCCCCCGUCCUCGGCAUUGUAACUGGAGGACGAAGAUCGCCUGGACGCUCCUAUAAGCGUCAGCGGUCAUCUCGUAGUGGAAGCAAAAGCCAGGGCGAAGAUGACGCUGAAGUCGGUGAAACGCCGUCAUCGCAACCAGAGGCUGUUCAUGAAGUUACCCCUCUGGGAUCACCACCAACUCUGCCUCUGGUCGGAGUCGGCCGUCGCACGUCUGUCCUGUUUAAGAAAGCUAAAAAUGGGGUACGAAUGGGGAAAACCAAAUCCACACCACAACAGAACGGAAAGACACCUGAGGAGAAAACAAACGGGUUGGAUAGCAGCCCUGCCAGCCCAAAGUCACCCAGUGUGACCAACAUCACCACUUUACUUCCAACUCCAAAUGCUUCCCCAACUCCUCCCUCUCCUUCCUCACACCACCUGAGGUCCAGAGGACCCAGCUCAGAAAGUGAGGCAGAGAAACUCCCCUCACCACCCAGAGAAGAAAGCCUGACAAAUGGAAAACACACCCUUGCAGACCAGGAUGAUGAUGAUCAAAAACUAAACUGUAGUGUCUCUCCCCCCAAACGAAGCCGUGGUAAACCUGCACUGGCUAAAGUUCCAAAAAGUGAGAACGGAGACAUCUCUGGGUCUGGAACAUCUACACUUCUGUCUUUAGAUAGUGAGACCGAGUUAGCACCUUUGGAUCUCGUUUGGGCUAAAAGCAGAGGAUACCCAUCGUACCCAGCUAUGAUUGUUGACCCAGACAUGCCCCAGGAAGGGCUCCUUCACAACGGCAUCCCCAUUCCAGUGCCUCCUGUGGAGGUGCUCAAACUGGGCGAGUGGAGAGGAACGGAAGAAGGCAAAAAGCUCUUCCUGGUGCUCUUCUUUGACACCAAAAGAACUUGGCAGUGGCUCCCUCGGAACAAACUGCUGCAGAUGGGAAUGGAUGACACUGUAGAUAAACUGCGUCUAAUGGAAGGAAAGAAACCAAGCGUUCGAAAGUCUGUACACACUGCAUACGACCGGGCUAUGGUGCAUUUAAACCAUGUGAGAGGAAAUCUUAACUUCACUCCCUCUAAUUUUAUAUAGAUUCAGAAUUUACUCAUCAUAAACAGGCUGCCUGGUUCCGUGUAUAAAAGCUUUAUCCAUGCUCUCCUAGAGGUGGGAAAGUAUUAAGGAUUUAAUUUCCAACAGUUUUCUGCAUUAAACUGUAAAUCUGAUUUUUAAAGUUUAGAGAGAACGUGCUCGAAGACAUUUUCCUAGAUGAAUUUGUUCAUUUAUUCCUGUAAUUUUUAAAAAGAUUUUACACAACCACUGUUGCUAUGUGUUCUUAUAAAGAUUUUAUUUAAGGCCAAAGUGAGUCAAGACUUGAGAGAAAGUGUAAAUAUUUAAUUGUCAAAGGGAUUUUCUUGAUUCAGAAUAUAUUUAGAUUGUAGUUGCCAUUGAAAUGUCACUGUGUUUGAUAAAUUGUGAAAGUCCCACUUAUUGCACAUGUCAUAUCUGGACUCUGUGGGUGAUAAUAUGUAUAUAUAUAUUUUUUAUUCAACCCUUGGUGGUGUUUGUCAUAUUACACAAACAUUUCUCCUAAGUUUCACAGUAGAACUGGGAUGAUUUAUUGAUUAGCUGUCAACUGAAUUAAUUGCCAACUUUUUGAUAAUUAAUGAGAGGGAUGAGUUAUUCAGUAGAAAAAAAGCUUCACAUAUGUGGGUGGUUUCUUGUUUCUUUACUCUCCUAUGAUAUCAAAUUGGACAGAUUUGGGGUUAUGGAAAAAACAACAAGCCAUAUAAGUAAGUCAGGCUUUUGAAACAUUGAUACUUUUUUCUUCUUUCUGUCAUUUUCUAGACCAAAAAACGAAUGAAUCCAGAAAAUAAUGAGUAUAUUGAUAGGAAAAUCUAUGAAUUGCAACCGCCGAGCUUUCAUGGGCUGCCAGUGCAUGUGUCUUUUAGUCCAGCUAUGAUGUGUUGUAGGUGGGACUUUAGAGGUCUUUGCUUAUUUUUCCAUAUUGUGAAACUGUAAUUUGAUACCAGAAUGUUGGAGCCUGCGGUGCAGCUCAGUAAGACGUGAAGCCACUAUUUAGAUUAAGCUGAUUGUCCUGUGGUGAAAACAGAGUCUACUGCAAUCACUCACUGAGGAGCUUGUUUUCAAAUCCGGCUGAAAUGACUUGAAAAGCACAAUUGGUCUGUUAAAAGAAAUGUGGAAUAGGAUCGGUGACUCCUGGAGCCAUGUGUGUGGCUAAAAUGUGUGUGUAUGUGUGUACAGUAUAUACAUAUAUGAGUACAAGCUCAGUGUAGUAAGGGUGCAUGUGUAUAGUUCUGUAAAUAUGUAAAUGUAUGUUUAUAUUGGCUUACAGGAAGUUAUUUAAGGAAUGCAAAAAUCAAAUUUAGAUUUUAAUUUAUAACUUGUGGCAGUGAAGAGUGUUAUUUAAAAAGUUAAAUAUUGAUAAGAUUUAUGUAUGAUGCUAAGUAGCUCUUUGUACUAGUGGCGGUAUUCACCAACAUGUCAGAAACAUGAUCUAAAUGUGAGGUGGCACAAGACCCCAGCUCUGUAGGCUGCAGUUGUCUACAAGAUUGCUUUUUCUUGGGUGGCACAGGAGAUGUUUGAUCUUGUCAUUUGAAUUGAACUGCAAGAUCUAUUAUCUGCCUGAGACAAUAUUUUCUCACACAAGAAUAAAUGCUGUUUGAAACAA